AUGGCUAACCUGCAGCAGGAAUACCCCGGGGUCCUUCUGGGCAUCCUGGAGGAACUGGCCAAUAUGCGUCAAUGGCUGACAUUUCAGGAUCUCUGUCGCAUGGUCAGCACUCGUUUUGACCUGGAACACCUUUUUGAGCUUAGGAGUUUACUGUUUGCAGCUGCCAGCCGGGACCCUUGUUUCCCAGCUACUCUCUUUAGAGACAGGGUUUCCACCAGAGGCCAGGGGCUUUCACCUAUAGGGGUCGCUGCUGACAUUGUAACUAUCUUCAAUCUUAUUCAGAUGACGGGUGGGGCUCCAGAUGAAAGCCAACCAAUGAGAGCACACAUGGUUCUCCCAGUCGACCAAUCCCCAGGCCCCAGUCUGCCAGGAAUCUAUCAGCUGAACAUUGCUGGUCUAGAACGAGCACGAGCCCUCUCUGACUCAAGUGACAGGCCUAUUGACCAGCACCUGCUGUUUCCAAGACCUAAGUACUCGGCCCGCAAGCGAGGAAGUCUUCCCCCAGAUCCUAUUUCCCUUGUGUCUCCUCCUCCAAUCAGGGCUAGGGCUGUGUCUUUUGACUUGCCUCAUACCACACUUCUGUACCCUAGUGGUCAAUUCCCUAACGAGGGGAUGAAAAAUAUCUACCUGCCUCUGGAGACGGACAGCGAGUCAAGUGGAGAUUCUGCACAAAUGGAGGUGUUUGAAGUCGAACAGAGUUCAACUGUUGACCAGAAGAGAAACGUUUUCAAGAAGGACUUCCACAACCAACCCCCUCUGAUACCCCAGGUGACCGUUAGCAGUGAGUCUCCAAGUCCCAAUACGGUGAAAGGAUUUGACAAUCGCAGCUUUGAAAUGAUUCCCAAUCCUUACCCAUCACCAUCACCAACACCAAUCCAACAAACACCAGAGCAGCGGGCUAAACAUGAGAGCCUUGACGACCUACAGGACUCAACUUACUUCGGACCAGGGUCUAUCCCAGAAUGGUCCCCUCGUCACCUUCAGCCACCCAAGACUAAGAAGCCCCUCUGGAGCAACAAGAGUCACAGUCUAGAGGACCGGAUAGGCUCCAGCAUUGGAAUGGGGUUGGAAUCCAAAGGGGCACAACUUCCAAGGCGAUCAACCCCAGCUAUUAGCAAUUUGAGGGGGUUAUCAAUGGGUGAGACUAUAGAUAGUGGAUUUUUAAGUGGAUUCGAAGGAGUCAGGGCUAAAGGAACCCAGACAGACCCACCAGACACCCGGCGCCUUCGUAGCCUGGUCCAUGCAGAUCGCCUAUCCUUCAUGACCUCCUUAGAUGACCCAGAAUUUUGUGAGGAUGACAUCAGUGUCAUCUUUCGCUUCUUAGAUGAUAUAAGCAUGUGUGGUUCCACGGGGGUUCUACAUCCCAGCGAGGGCUCAGCAGGUGUUAAUCAGGACACUCCUGAGGCAAGACGAGGACGUCUCGGUCAACUCCAAAGGCUUUUCCACUCACUAGAAAGCAGCGAUGAUGGGCUCAAGGCAAGUGUCUGUAAACUGCUGCUCCGUAUGAGCCAGAUAGAGAGACAACUAGAUUCGCUGAAUGAUGUAAAGGCUGAAAUCUCCCAGGUGCUAUCAGCUCUGCAGCGACUGGAUGACAAGAUUCAACAGCCACUCAGUGGUGGUGGACAGAGCACUGGUGGGCGAUGGUUGGAGCCUCUCAGCGGUGUCUCAUCUUUUAUGAGCCACCCUCUAACCCCCUCUGACUCGUCAGAGCCUCAGCCUCUAUCUGCUUCAGGGCAUCUAUUUCCAGCGACCAGCACUAGUAGUCUGGAAUGGAGCAGAUGCUACACUCCUGGGGAACAAACAGAAAGCAGCAAGGUUCAGGUUGAUUCAAAGGGUAGGAAGGAAGGGAAGAAGGAUGCAUCAUCUCGGCGUACCUCAAAAACCCAGCUUGAGGAGAAAAGUGUGACUGAAUCCAAACAGCUGAAUGUUUCGAACUCUGCAAGAGACUGGACAGUUUCAUUCUCAAAAAGCAAAGAUGGAAAAUCAUCACAUGGGCAGAUAGAUCAAUCAGGUAGCACAGCAAACCUAAUCUCCAAAAAGUCCUCCAACCUGGUGGAACAAGUAUUUAAUUCAUCCCUGUUCCGCCAAAAAGACAGCAGUCUUACAGGUGGGCUUACUUCUGGGAAGAUUAUAGAUCCCAGAUUGGCUGAGGGGAGGGGAAGGCCCAUAUGGACUGUAGACGACAGAGAGGCACGAAUCUCCCCUUUGGACUUACAGGGCCAGGAGUCUUUGAACCCCAACAACAUGGAGUUCUGGAUGGAUGACAUCUAUACUCCAGGCUACGAUGGUCUACUCAGACGUAAAGAGGCUGACCUCCGCCGGGCUAAAUACUGCAAGUUGAUUGCACUCAUUGCCGUUGCAGUGGUCAUUAUUCUCAUAAUUGUAAUUCCUAUUUGUAGCAUGGCGACAUGA